AUGGCGGCUUUAGUUCGUGCUGCACGAUUUUGCCGGGUAUUACCAUCGCUUGUUUCUCUUGUUCGUCAACAAUCAUCAUUUACUUCGUUUGGUUUACAGUCAUGUGGCCCAAUGAAGAAUUUGUCUUUCCGGGCUUUGAGCACCCAAGCUGAAGCUGCGAAAGAAGUUGCCAAAGUUUCUCUCAAAUCAAAUUCCUUUGUAAACCGCCAGAUGAUUACUGUGGAGACCAACAUUCAUAGAUAUGGACGAGUGUCAUUUAAUCAAUUAAAUGCUUUACUUCAGGCGAUUGACAAAAGUGGUGAAGUUAAUGCUGCUCAGGCUCUCCUUGUAUUUCGGGCCAUGGGGACAUCAUUAUUUGAUGAACACCCAAAUGCACGAGUUCAACUGGUACACAAAACAUUGGAAAAAUUUGAAAAACUAGGAUUGGAAUUUGAUGUGACCCAUUACAAUGCCAUACUAAGAAGUUACUUACAGAACAAACAUCAUUUUAGUCCAAGUACAUUCCUAGAGACAAUGGAAAAGAAGCAGAUUCAACCAAACAGGGUUACUUACCAAAGUCUUAUCUCUCAAUACUGUGAAAAUGGUGAUAUUGCAGGUGCCAGUCAAAUCCUUGAAUAUAUGAAGAAACUUGACUUACCUAUUGGAGAACAGGUUUUCAACUCUUUGAUUACUGGACAUUUCCGUGCCAAUGAACCUGAAAAUGCUGAAGGGAUUUUGUCUAUUAUGAAGAAAGCCGGAAUGGAACCCAGUGCUGACACUUAUGUCACUUUGAUCAUGGGUUACAUUGAAAAAGGACAAGUAGAAAAACUCGACCAAAUACUGGAAAUGGCAGAAAACGAAAGUGUGCUGAUUCGUCCUUCUCACCUUUUAAAACUUAUUUAUGAACUUGCAAUAAAUAAUCAGAAAGAACCAAUUCCCAUGCUAUUGACUAGGUUGUCUUCAUUCACUGGUAUAAACCAAGAUGCAAUAACUUGGAUCAAUUACCUCAUCUGUCAGGGACAAGAAGAUGUUGCCUAUCAAAUAUUUUCUAUUAUGCCAAAACCUUUUAACAAGGACCCUGAUAAUUUGACUCUUGGCCGUUUUUUUAUCCGAGCUCUGGUCAAAAAUGAACGUCCUGUUGAAUUAGUUUGUCACUACAUCAACAAAAUGAGAAACCAAGGCUUCAACAAGGACACAAUUAAUUUUUCAACUCAUAUUGCUUAUCUCGAUGGAAAAACAGAUUAUGCUUUGGAAUUAAUAGGCAAAAUGGAGUCUGAGGGACUUCCUGUAAGGCCUCAUUAUUUUUGGCCAGCUUUUUGCCAAUAUGAGAAAAGUGGCAACAAAGAAGUGAAUUUUGCUUACUUUAUCAAUUUGCUUGAAACAGAAGGCUUUGCUUCUGCACUUGAAUUUGCCAAUGGAAAAUCAAUGACAGUCAUUGUAGGUGCUCUACGACCAUAUCUCUUUAAAAAAUAUAAAGAAACUCAAGACUGGAAGUCUGUGAUACAGGUUCUAAGCUUAUCAGCAUCUUUGCUAGCUCCUCGACACAUGUUGGCAGAUGUGGCUGGAGAUUGGCUGGCAUUAGUUAUUCAGAAUAAAGAAUGGGACAUUACUGAAGCUGUGAUUGAUGAAAUGAUCGCUCAGAAAAUAAAUGUGAACAGCCAAUUUUCUAAAUUUUUCUUCUUUGCUUUCUUUCUCUCUUUUUUUCUUUUUCUUUCUCUCUUUUUUUCUUUUUCUUUCUCUCUUUUUUUCUUUUUCUUUCUCUCUUUUUUUCUUUUUCUUUCUCUCUUUUUUUCUUUUUCUUUCUCUUUUUUCUUUUUCUUUCUCUCUUUUUUCUUUUUCUUUCUCUCUUUUUUCUUUUUUCUUUCUCUUUCUUUUCUCUUCUUUCUUUCUCUUCUCUUCUCUUCUUUCUUUCUCUUCUCUUCUUUCUCUUCUCUUCUCUUCUUUCUCUUCUCUUCUUUCUUUCUCUUCUCUUCUUUCUCUUCUCUUCUCUUCUUUCUCUUCUCUUCUCUUCUUUCUCUUCUCUUCUCUCUUUCUCUUCUCUUUUCUCUUUCUCUUCUCUUUUCUCUUUCUUUCUCUUUUCUCUUUCUUUCUCUUUUCUCUUUCUUUCUCUUUUCUCUUUCUUUCUCUUUUCUCUUUCUUUCUCUUUUCUCUUUCUUUCUCUUUUCUCUUUCUUUCUCUUUUCUCUUCUUUCUUUUCUCUUUCUCUUUCUUUUCUCUUUCUUUUCUCUUUCUCUUUUUCUUUCUCUUUCUUUUCUCUUUCUCUUUUUCUUUCUCUUUCUCUUUUCUCUUUUUUCUUUCUCUUUUUCUUUCUCUUUUCUCUUUCUUUUUCUCUCUCUUUUCUCUUUCUUUUUCUUUCUCUUUUCUCUUUCUUUCUUUCUCUCUCUUUCUCUCUCUUUUUCUUUCUCUCUCUUUCUCUUUCUUUCUCUUUCUUUCUCUUUCUCUUUCUUUUUCUUUUUUUCUUUCUCUUUCUCUUUUCUCUUUCUUUCUCUUUUCUUUCUCUUUCUUUCUUUUCUUUCUUUCUUUUCUCUUUUUCUUUUCUCUUUUUUUUUUUUUUUUUUUUUUUUUUUUUUUAGGAAAAAAAUUAAGUUCUUUCAUCCAUCUCUUUUAG